CCCCCGAAAGUUGGGUCCCCAUUCUUUCCUCUUCUUCAUCAUAAGGUUCCAUUCCUGGUUCAAUCAUAACAUAGCCAAGGGAAAAACUGGGAAAAGGUUUCCAACUUCAGAAAUGGUGGUUGUGACUUUUCUUUUAUUCUUUCUCGAUAUAUAGUUUCAAUUUAGCUUGAAACGUGUUUUUCCUUAAAAUAGUAGUGGGGCAGUAAAGGCGAUCAGCAAACGCUAAUCGAGGGAAUCAAUGAGGCGAAGACCAGGAAUUGGCGGUUUACAAACCGCUGCCGCCGCUAGGGAUCAGUAUCGAUUGCUUGGGGAAAAUGUUGCUAAGUUGAAAAUGGAUCUUAUGAAAGAACAGCUAGCCACUUUUCGGUCUCAGUUGGAAGACUUUGCUCGCAAACACAAGAAUGACAUUCGCAAGAACCCUGCAUUCAGAUCACAGUUUCAUGAGAUGUGCGCAAAAGUUGGGGUAGAUCCCCUAGCCUCAAAUAAGGGUUUCUGGGCAGAGCUGUUAGGGAUUGGCGACUUCUACUAUGAGCUAGGAGUGCAAAUUGUUGAUAUUUGCUUGGCUACUAGACCUCAUAAUGGGGGUUUGAUCAACUUGGAGGAGCUGUGUAGAUUACUUAAUCAGAGACGAAAGAGUGCUCGCGAAGCUGUGACUGAGGAUGAUUGCUUGCGUGCAAUUAGUAAGCUCAAGGUAUUAGGCAAUGGUUUUGAGGUGAUUUCUGUUGGAAAGAGAAAGCUUGUGCGGUCUGUUCCGACCGAGUUAAAUAAAGACCACAAUGAAAUUUUAGAGCUGGCCCAGGCUCAAGGUUUUGUGACGGUUGAAGAAGUAGCGAGAAGGCUGUCAUGGUCCUCUGGUCGUGCCACCGAUGCCCUUGAAACGUUACUAGAUGAAGGUCUUGCUAUGAUUGAUGACGGCCACAGAGAUGGCCAACGUCGGUAUUGGUUCCCUUGUGUAUCUUCUAUCGCCUCUUUCGUUGGAAAUGAGACUGUUUAAAACGUUACAUUGUGCCAUUCGACAACGUUUGUAAUAUUCACAAAUAGAAGUGGACGCUGACGAACAAUCAAAAUGAUU